GCGCCCUCUGACACGUGAAAAUUGCUUUUUUGAAACUUUACGAACGGUUCUCUAUUGUACAAGCCAUAACAACAUAACAAAAUACAAUUAAUAUCCUGUGUUAACAAGAAUAUGUUAUACUGUUAAUGGAAAACGUUAAGUGAAUAGGACUAAAUAAUAUGAAUGGGCUAAAAGGGGAAUGUAACUAUACGACAGCCAUGGACAGUGCAAGUUCCUUCAUAUCAGAAACAAAAUUACAAAAAGUGAAAAAACUGAUUGCCGCAAUAGAUGAAUAUUUAAAAAUACGGUCACAGGAUUCCUCAGUAUUAAUUAGCAGAUAUUUGCAGGGAUUAAGUGUAACUAUAGACAUAAGCAUAUUUGAUCCCCAUAGUAAUUUGGCAGCAGAAUUUUAUGUGAGUUUGCAUGAACUGCUGAAAAAUGUGGAAACCAUAUCUCAAAUUGCUUGGUACUGCGUCGAUGUGCUCAGUAAUGCCUGUAGAAAUCCAGCAGCUAGAUAUGCCCUUAUUACAACAUACCAGUUCAUACCUUCACUAUCACGUCUUAUUAGUGACCAGUUGACGCUCGACAAGAAAAUUAGGCUGUUAAAGCUAAUGCAGGAACUGUCUUGUGGCAUUAAAAUUUCCUGGCAAAUUCCUCACCUUCCACACUUGUUGUCAACACUUGCCAAAUGGGUUGAAUGUGGACAUGAAGAAAUUGUUACUCUUUCCUUAGGUGUUUUAGUGAAUAUGUGUUACAAAAAUUUGCCAGCCAUUUAUACUCUCUCUAGACAUGUUGACAUUAAAAAAUUUAUUAGGAUAUGCAUGCCCUUACAAGGAUCUGUGAUAGAAGUCCAUGUGUGCAAGUUACUGAUCAUUUUGGAUUACAUGAACAGCGUGAUACCAGAGAACCAUCUCGUCAAGUUGAUUGAUUCAACGUUUAAAUGGCUCGGCGAAGCGUUCAGGCAACGUGACGCUAUCCUUAUGAGACAAAUCACUGAGUUUUACUUGGACAUUUUACAACAGGAUAGAGAACCACAAACGUUGCAAUCUUACAGUAAUUAUGGGGAGGAAGUGAAAAAUCUCUUGCAGGUCAUAGAGAACAAUCCGUUAAAAACACACGCAGAAGGCGGUACAUCCAAUAACGAUCCGGAAUGCAUGUCGCUCGUGUUCGAAUUUCUACAGGCGUUGAUCGAAAAACGCAUACCGCAACUCACCGAACUUCACCCCCAAUUGAUCACCCUCGCCCUCAAAUGGAUACACACCAACAUCGCAUCCACUCAAGCGCUCAGCAUCCUGAAAACGAUCGCUAUGCAAACGGAGAAGUCGGACAACGAGAUCCUCAAACCGCUGGUGGUAGGUUUGCCAGCGUUUCUACCCGCGCUGAACUCGAUGAAGGAGGACGAGAUCCCGACGCACACAGAACACAACAGGAAGCUGGCCGGGCUCUUUCUUUUGUUGCGGGCCAUGGUUCAAGUGGAAUCCAUACGUCCGAAGGUGUUACAAGAGCUGCAGCCGGAUGCGGUUCUCAGGGUGUUCGUACCGUUGAUCGGCGAGGGAGAAUCGCCGAGAAUGAGGGCGGCCCAUGUGGAUACAUGCUCUACGGAGGCGGUUAACUUGUAUGUUUGUGCGAUCGCUCUGAUUCACGAACUGUCCAAGUGUGAUUCGGUUUGGAUCAACAGGCACGGCACGUUGAUGCAGUACAGGGAAAUCCAUAUGGUUUUGGCACAAGCUCUGUACUCGAGUCCAAUCGAGGUGAAGAAGCUUGUUCUCGAUAUGGCUACAGCAACAAACUUUCCAUCCAAGACUAUAGCGGAAGCAAUGGGAAACCUACAAUCUAUGAUCUUGAUUAACCCGACGUUGCCACCCAAUAAUAACAGAGCUGUGAAUGAAAUUAAUUUCCCCGUAUUGUCCCCAACUCAAGUGGAUCGACUAGAUGAGACACUUAACAGGAUAAAAAGUCAAAUAUCGGAUCAGAAUUUGGCGAACAUCUCGACGUCAGACGUAAUGGAAUUGUACGAAUACAAACUGUCGGCGAUGGGUCAUGCAGAACGCGCCGCAAUGGCCAGCGUCGAAGCGGCGUCGGAACGUUGCACACAUUUGCAACAUCAAACCGCCCAACUGACUGCCGAACUGAACCGACUGCACCAACUAUUGUUCAGGACGCAGCAGUGUCAUGAAGAGGCGCUCAGGUCCAAGUCCGGUUUUGAGGCGACAACUUCCGAAUUAAAAAAUAAACUGGAGGCUGAGAAAGGCAGGCACAAGGCGUGCGCCAGCCAGUUGCGGAACGUCGAAAAGCAGUUGGAGGAGUGUCGUGAACAGUUAGCUGAUGUUGGUAAGAAACUGGCGGAGACGAAAGCUAGUCAAAGCGAUCUAGAAUCUCAGAACGCCAAACUGAAACAGGUGGUGAGCAAACUGGAAGAAAACGGUACACGUCUCGAAAAGAAUCUGCAAAAGAAAGACGAACAGCUGAAGAAGGCUAAUGCUAAUUUACAUGAUCUCAAACUGCAAGUGCAAGAGAUGGAUCGCAUAUUGAAAAAUAAAGAAUUUGAAAUUCAAACGAAAGUCGACGAACUACAGACUGUUAAAAAAGAUCUGAUGGCUAAAAAACAGAUCAUCGAUACAAUUAUGAAUGUUGCCAAUUCACAAUUAAAGUAAUAAAGUGAAAAUGAAAAGUUCGAGCUUUAAACAAGCAUCGAAUUAUUAUUAGUGAAAUAUUUUAAAAUAAACUUUCUUUUAAGCAUGUACAUAUUUUUAUAUGAUUUUAUUAAAUAUACUAUUUAUAUUACAAUUUUAAAAAAUGACUUAUACAGCUGUUUUCAUAAUGUAUUCAAUUAUACUGUAUAAUAUAUUUUAAUAAAGUUUUAUAUGUUAUGAGAA